CACAAGUGAUCGUACUUAUUAAAUAUUAAUAUUUUUCUGUAAUAUUUUAUACCCUAUAUGAUAGUAAAAUAUUUAAAUACAAUUUUUAUAAAUACUUUAAUUUUGUGCAAUAAUAAGAUUAUAAAAGUUAUAACAUAAAUUCCGAUGAAAAAAGUAGUUCUAUUAACAGAGCGUCAUUUGUACGUAAUGGAGUCGAUGUUCUAUUCAACAAAUUGUAAUUGACAAAAUUAUCCAUCUGUUCAGGAAAUAUUACUGAAAACUGUGUUAUUUUGUGCAUUAUUGGAUUGCAGUGAAUGUUUAUAUACAAUUUAUGGAUACCAACGACAGGGACAAGCGCUCGCACAACCUCGUUUCGUCGACGAACUAUGCCCGUCGCGAAAUAGAACCGAGAGAUUUGCGUGUGCAGCGCAAAUUAUAGUUUUGCAUUUGAAAAAGAUUUAAUGGUUUUACGAGGGCACUUGUGUGAACCUCGCGUAGAUGAAGGCAUGGCUUCAGAUCAGCCCGUGAAGAAGAAGCAGAGGAUCGAUGCGCCAGACAUUGACGAGGGCAGCGACAGAUCCGCGGACGACGCUCUUACGGACAUCUUUGACGCGGAGACUCCGCCCGCUGAGACGUCCGAGGAAUUCGCUGCCAGGAAUGGUGAGUCGCCUGACAGCGGUACGGUAAGCGAGGAUGCCGUCGACUGCUCAAGCUUGUUGCGACUACCAAUUGAUACAGGAGUUGAUAUCAUACCCUCAUGCUCCACCAACACAACGCAUUGGAACUCGGAAGAUGAUAAACUACUUGCUGAAUUACGGAUACUCCAAGACGCUCUUGUUGGCCAAUGCCUUUGUCGCUUUGAUGAUAACAUGGUCACGCAACUGUUUGAUCGACAACUGAACAUCGCAACAUGGCCUUUGACAUGCUCCCUCACUUAUCUGUCAACAAUGCAACUGAUGUUUGAUGUAUAUUUAAAACAAAAUGGCACUGGAACAAUAUGCUCAAGGGUAAUGCAUGCAUGUGACAUAUUUGUAAGAAAUAGGCAUGAUUGGAUCACAGAAGUUGUUGAAUUAGCUGACCAUAAGAGUAAAUUCAUUACAUUUGUUGCCAGUAGAGUGCUAGCUAGUUUUUUAAUAGUCUCAAAGGACACCGUCGACGAAAAUUGGCUUCAACAGAUAGCGGAGAACAUUUACCUGUUUGAUAGGAUAAAUAGGAUUACAGUACAAAAGAUUAAUUUCAGUUUAGACAUAAUUAAGAGGAUAGUGGAGUGGAAGGAUGUGGAGCAGCAUCCGUUAGAAGAUAGCAAUUAUAUAAAUACUCCAGCAAGCUCACAUGUCCAAGAAGACAAUCCAUUUCGGAGUAGUGUAGGCUAUUCAAGUAGUAGCGAAGGCCCCUCAAGUUCCCACAGUAAUGUACAGACCCCAUUAACAAAUUCACAGUCCCAGAUGGUGCCCUCAACAUCUUCUGAGCCAACUGAUAAUAAACCAAUGACGUUCCGACUACACGAGCCGGUAUUAAAGUUUCCAGGUGAUGAGAGAUGUGAAAUGGAACAGUCGCCUGAGCCACCAUUGUCAAGAAUUGAGAGAGUGAAUGAACAUGGAUGUGUGACUGUCAUCCUGACUGACUCGGAAUCAUUUGACACGUCACAUAUAAAAUGUCUGACGAUAAAGACACUGGAGCACCACUGGCCUAUUUUAGUCAAAAACAUGAAGCUUCUUCUACUAAGGUACCUGAAUUUAGCUAAUGCUGAAAAUUGUAUACUAACAUUUUUCUCUUUAUGGGAGAACAUAAUAAGUGUAAAGGCGAAUCUCUCAAUUAUAGACACGAAACCGUUCUAUGCAGAUUUGCAAAGCUUUGUUGAUUUGUUAAGGAAUACAAUGCUACCAAGUUUAAUAUACACACAUCUGUUAAGUUUGUUCAAUGAAGUUCUGUGUUAUGGUUCAACAUUGGCAUUACAGGAUAUAUUACCUGAAGAGAUAUGUUGUCUGGCGCACUCUAUUGUCAGAUAUGUUAAAGAUUUCAGGUUACUAAGUGAUAUCAGAGUACAAAAUAGUAGAAGUGGGUUUGGGUUUUUAGGACAUGAAUGUCGGAUUAUCAGGGAUUAUUCGUUAGGGCCUGAAGUCGCGCCGUUGUCGUCUUCUAUCCAGUUAGUAGACCAGAGCUAUGGCGAAGACGAUAAUGACGAACCCCAGUCAAGGUCUGAAGUCGACAAAACAAUGUUACAAAGAAUGUCAUUGUUAGUACUAAAAUCUGUUGCUGUAACCGUAAAAGAGAUGAGAUGCGAUUCGUCAGAUAGCUCAAUAGACUCUUCAGAUUACAAUGCGAUACAAGACAUGCAAAUUGUAGAGAGAUCUAUUCGAGAUGUUCUUAAAAAGCUGGACGGUUUCAUAAGACACAGCUUAGAAUUCCAUCCAGAAACACCCUUCACUAAAAUGCUAAUUCAUCUAUUUAGUGAACAAGAUGAUUAUUUGAUUGAAUCAAUGGUGUGUACUCUGGACAUUACUGUAGGUAUUGUUUACAGGAAUUCCGUAUACCCUGACUUAAUACCAAUGUUGAACCCAAUAUCUUCAUUUAUAGAAUUCCUCAAAGUAGUUUCGCAUGACAGCGAUGUGUUACUGGACUACUUAGUGAGCAAUGAGACGUGUUUUCUCUUAUAUUUGUUGAGGUUUUUGAAAUAUGUAAGGAGGAAUUGGGCGAAGUUUCUGGAGACAUGUCAACAGUCAGACUCUGGAGGGACAAGAGGGCUUGACGACACAAUGAGAGUGCUAAUACGGUUAAGAUUACAGAUAAGUCGUUUGGUUUCCAGAUCUUUGUUCCCAUAUAACAUAAGCCCUGUGUUAAGAUUGCUAGAAGUAUGCGAGAGCUUGUAUGAAGGAAACGAAUUUAGCUGAAUAAGGCUUUAAUUUGUUAACAAAGGUAUAAUAGCCUUUUCUCUGCAAGGAAACACGCGAAAUACCAAUGUUACUAAUACAGAGUUUCUCAAACUUUCAAAUAUCAUUUUAACAUAAUCACAAAGACUGCAAACACAUUAUCAACAUUCCAAAAUUUCUUCACUUAGGAUGCGUGCUAGUUAUAAAAUUGAUUUUAACUUAUAUUAGUUUUAGAUGUAUCAUAUUAUGUGUAUUAUGUAUUUUAAAGUCUUCCUUUUAGAAUACAAUCGUUUUUAUAAAUCUGACUGUGGGUCAAUGACAUUGUAUUCAAUUUAUCAAAUGUGGAGGGUAUUAUGCAAAAUAUUAUUCAAUUACUCAGAUUUUAACAAUACAAAGACUUUUAAAGUAUGAAUCGAAACUAAUCAGUGUCAAGGAAGAUUGUUUUUUAUCUUUAAAUCCCAUCAAAAUAUAUUUUUGACCAUUGGGUAUUCAAUUAUCCGAAAUGUUUGUCUUAAAAUUUAUUGAACAAUCAAAAAUUUGCUUUUUUUUAUCUUAACGAUGACUUUGAACUCUACACGAGUUUUUAAUGGAAUUUUUAAUGAUGAGAGUAAAAUUAAAAAAUGUAUAAAUAAUACAAAAAAGUAGCAUUCUAUAUUUUGCAAUUUGUUUUAGCUUAACUAAACUUUGAACCAUUGCAGGUGAAAGUUAUACCUUUCCUUUUAGUUAUCAACAAAGAAAAAUCAGUUGAACUAUAAAUACUAGCAAUAUAUCACCCACUGUGACGUGCCUUACCAUGAAAUAAUAUAGGGUGCUCACAAAAUUAUUUUUCUACAAAAAAGUGUGUUUUUGCACAUACAAACCACGUAACUAGCAUAAUACUUUAACUAGAUUUUUAAACGAUUUAGAAUUAACUUAUUUUAGUUUUUAAUUAAACAACGGUUGUAUUAUAUUAUUAUAGUCUUUUUGCAUAUUAUAAUGCGGGUCUAAGUAAAUACUUGUUUUUAAAUUAAUUACGAACCACGCCAGGAUGUAAAUAGAAUGCCAUCAAUUACCAUACUAUAAGUAACUGUAAUCAGUAUUAAAACAAUAUCCUAAUUUAUAUAAAUAUAUUAUUAUAUGAAUAAUCGCUAAUCUGCUUAAUAAACUUAUGAAGAAAUAAAUAAAAUCACUUUGAAAUUCAAGAAAUAGUACUCAUUUGGUACUUCAAUUUCUCUGUUCAACAACGGCUAAGUAAACUAUCGUAUAUGAAAUCGUAUCGUACGUAAAUAAAGUUAAUAAAUUAAGUUUUUUUUUAUUUAGAAGUAAAACGGUACUCAGAUAACGAAA